AUGACAGAAAUCGAAAGCUUUAAACGAUCUUUGAAAGAUGACCUUGGUAAGAUUAGGAAAUCGACCAAUGAUAUUUCAGCUACCUCGAUUCCACUAUUGAAGUCUCUCUUGGCGAUCAUUAGAGGUAAUAAUGCCAAUUUGGCCUUCAAGGAGGACAUAUCGCCUUUGCUAAGCUACAUAUUAUACUAUAUUUGCUAUAAAGAAACGGAAUCACCAGCGUUGAUGAUAAUAGUUUCCUUGAAAAACUCCUUUGGAGAAGAACUACUUGGCUCAGAAGUCGUAGAUACUGUCGAUGAUAUGGCUACUACUUGCGAGACAAGGACGCAACGAUACGAAGUGAUACAUGUGAUCUCAGCAGUUUAUCCGGUGAUGAUAUCUGCAUGCACAGAAUUGUUCCUUAAUAACGAUCCGGUGGUCAAGUUAUUGGCCAAUGAGAUUACUUUCUUAUUAGGUAGUGGAGAAGAUCAACUUACAUUUGAUGGAGCACAUCACUUGAAACAGAUUUUGAAGCUUUUCUCCAGUGCAUGCAUAGAUGACUCAUGCCGGAAGUUGAUAGCCAAAAUUUAUUUUGGAUUACUAGUUAAGACGUUGAAAAUGGAUGGUAGUGACGAGACCAAGCUUGAAGCUCAGUGUAUAGCUGCCACUGUGGUGAUCAAGAUAUGGAGUUCGAUUCCUCAGGAGACAUUUGAGGGACAGACCGAUAUUUUAUCACUAAAUUAUCUUAGUGAGGUGUUGAUAAAUGGAUUGGUACAGAAUCACACCAAGGAAAUGGUAUCUAAUAGUAUCGAGGGAAUAGCAUUUCUAUCUCUGAACCUUCAAGUCAAGCAGAUGCUAAGGAAAGACGACAAUUUCCUCACCUCAUUACUCGAAAAACCACACGUGAAGAAUAGAGAUCUAGCGUAUGGUAUUCUUUGCAUAGUAACCAAUCUUACUACCUACAAUAAGGUGCUCAGCAAGAGUCAACAAUCGAUGGAAUCAUUGAAGAGCUAUGCCCAGCUGUCCAAGGUGGACCCCAGAGCAGGUAAAAGAAGACAUAAAAUUACAGAGGAUAAUGAUAAAGAUGUUGCUAAGUUUGUGAGUUAUCUUUUGGACAAUGAAGAGAUUUUGGAGCGGAUUUCUGACGCUUUAAAGAAUGCAGCAUCUAGGGGAGUUCAAACACAGGCCAUUCGAAUUAUCGGUAAUCUCUGCUUCAAAAGUGAGCACCGUAAAGAGGUAGUUAAACAUGGAGGUUUGGGCAUUGUUCUGAGCUAUCUUAUCCACCAUUCCGACGAAGUCAAGUAUAACGCUGACACUUUCUGUGAUAUUAAAGGUAAUCAUACUAUAGAAGACCCAGGAACAAGGCUCAUAGCUCUUAAAUCAGUCGCUAGGAUUAUAAUGAGUCACAAUCCGAAUUCUCUAUUCUAUCAGAAGUUUGAUAUCAUCACCACUGCUCCAUUUUUGCUUGAACUGGUCGUUCAAUAUGACAUGGAUAUCAAUGGAACAACAUUAGAAACUCCAAUAUCGUCACUUGGAAACGAAGCUGUUGACAACUCGGACUGUUUUGAGUCUCUCAUUGCACUCGUGAACCUAUCAUCGGUGGUCAACAAUCCCCAGAUCAGGGAAUUGAUUGUCAAACUAGGCUGGACAUCCAUAGAUAACCUUAUGCUCUGUUCCAACUUUCAGAUUCAACGCGCCGAUCUAGAGCUACUUUCUAAUAUGAUGCUUUCACCUGUUUGUUCAGAGAAGUUCUUUAACUGGAGCACCACUAAGGAUAGAAACUACAGAAACUUUGAGAAGCUAUGUCAGUUAACAGGCUUGGCCGAUGUACAAUCCCAACUUGCUGUACUCAAUAUUUUCGCCAAUUGUAGCGACUAUGAACUAAUAGCAAAAAUGUUGGCCGAAUCCAAACUAUUUGGCGACAAAUUAAUGGAGAUUAUAAAAGGUCAGGACUCUGAUGAAGGUGUUAUUUUGAGAUGCUUUUACAUUCUUAUGAAUCUGCUAAAUGUUUCGGAGACCAGCUCAAAUAUUUACAAGCAGAUUACGCUCCUAAAAGAGACAAUAAUCCGCAUUUCCGUUACCGCUAAGGACUCGGAGGUGCAACAAAUGGCCAAAGAAAUCGUCAAGGCGCUAAAUUAG